GAGAAACUAUACAAUAUAAUCUUCCUUCAAGAAUAUUAUGCAGAUAAUAGAAUCUCCUUGAUUUCCUUUGUGGCUUCUUCGCCUACCUUUUCCCAUACAUUCAGCAGUUUUACGUAGUAUGCAUACCCGAUCGAGCUCACACAAAAUGUAGUUCCAGUUCCAGCCAUGCCGCCAUGUCAUCAGGAUCGCCCAUAAACAGGCCGUCUCCGAUCCCCUUUGAAUUUCAGCAUCGCUAUUAAUUAGCUCUUUUUGCACUUUUGCAUCCCUCAAGUAUUUGGAUGCAGUUUUACACGAAGAGGACGACAACAAUCCACAGAUGGUCACCAUUAUCAACAGGAAGCUGUUGUCUUAUAAUUCUACAGGUUUGUCCUUUUUCAAGUAAUGGGAGCAGCUCCUCACUGAUUAAUGGAACCACCAGCAGUUCACUACAUGCGAAGGAGGAAUCGUAUGGACGAGAUAACUCAACGUCUGCUGAGAAAACGAAGGACUAGAGAUCAAGUAAAUUUUAUAUUUGGAU